AUGGGACGGAUAUUAUAGAAAGUUGUUGUCACAACGCAUGCGCAUGUAAACUUCCGUCUAAAUUUUAGCCGGCGAAUUGAAUUUUGUGAAUUUUCUUUAAAAAUCGUACAGAAAUGCCAACUUUUAAAGUGAAUGUAAAGUGGGGUAAGGAGAAGUUCACAGAUGUUGAGUUAAACACUGAUGAGCCACCAGAGGUGUUCAAGGCGCAGUUGUUUGCUCUGUCAGGUGUUCAACCAGACAGGCAGAAGGUCAUGAUGAAAGGAGCUGUCUUGAAAGAUGAUGGGUGGGGAAAUAUGAAGCUUAAAGAUGGUGCAAUGUUGUUGAUGAUGGGAACAGCUGAUGAAUUACCUCAGGAACCAGUACAGAAAACAGUGUUCAUGGAAGAUAUGACAGACCAACAACUUGCCUCCGCUUUAGAAGUACCUGCAGGAUUAACUAAUCUAGGGAACACAUGUUAUAUGAAUGCUACUAUACAGUGUCUUCGAUCAGUACCAGAGCUUAAAGAGUCUUUGAAGAAGUAUACUGGUACAUUAACUACAGGUGGAGCAAUUGUGCCAUCUGAUUCUAUUACAGCUGGUAUGAGAGAUCUUGUGUCAUCUAUGGACAAGUCUGGUCAAGCAAUUCCUCCAAUUGUGUUCCUACAAGUUCUUCACAUGGCUUAUCCACAGUUUGCAGAGAAAAGUGAACAUGGUGGCUUCCAACAACAGGAUGCUAAUGAAUGUUGGACAGAGAUUGUACGAUGUUUACAACAGAAAUUACCUGGUGUAGCUACAGAUUCCACCAACCAGAAUGGUUCAGCAUCUUCUGCUAGAGGAUUUAUGGACCAGUAUUUUGGUGGUGAAUUUGAUGUAGUUAUGAAAUGUGAAGAAAGUGAAGAGGAGGCUGAAAGUAAAAAUACAGAAAAAUUCUACCAACUUAGUUGUUUUAUAGAAAAAGAGGUGAAAUACAUGCACACAGGUUUACGAUCUAGGCUAGAGGAACAUAUAACAAAGAAUUCUCCAUCUUUAGGUAGAGAUGCUGUUUACAAGAAAGCUAAUAAAAUCCGAAGAUUACCUGCGUAUUUAACUAUACAGUUUGUUCGUUUUUAUUUCAAAGAAAAGGAGUCUAUAAAUGCUAAAAUUCUUAAGGAUGUAAAGUUUCCACUAAGUUUGGACGUGUUUGAAUUGUGUUCUGAAGAAUUACAACAAAAAUUGUUACCUGCGAGAGAAAAGUUUAAAGAACAAGAAGAUAAAGCUGCUGAGGAGGCCACUAAGUUAAAGUCAGCUGGACUUACAAAGGAUAAAGAUGAUAGCAGGAAAACAGUAAAACAUCCUUAUUCCUUCCCUGAUGAUACUGGCUCAAACAACAGCGGGUACUAUGAAUUACAAGCUGUAUUAACACAUAAAGGAAGAUCCAGUUCUAGUGGACAUUAUGUAGCCUGGGUUAGAAGGAAAGGAGAUGAAUGGCUCAUGUUUGAUGAUGACAAUGUUACACCUAUAACAUCAGAAGAUGUCCUUAAACUAUCUGGAGGAGGAGACUGGCAUUGUGCAUAUGUUCUACUUUAUGGACCAAGAAUCUACGAAACGGAAGUUGAAGGAAUGGAAACUGCUUAAGAGUACAGUUAACUUUGUGAAAUGAACAGAUAUAAAACAAAUUUAUAAACCUCACAAAAUAGAUAUAAGUGUUACCAUAGAAACUUGGUGAUAAAAUUUUGGUAAAAAUGCUGAUCUGCAGUUUCUGUAACAGAUAUUUUAAAAAUCCUUUGAUCGUUUUUUUCUUCUUCUUUACAGUUUGGUAAAUUAUUUAUUAAAUUAUUCAUAGUUAAUGCAGAAAUAUAAAAGUUGAGAAAAUUUUGUAGUAUAACUGCAAACCAACAUUUUGCUUAUUAUGAUGAUUUCAUUGGUGCCAAUUAUUUGCUGAUUUUUGCAAAAUGACAUGAUAUCUGGCAGUUAUUACCAGUUUACAAUGUUAGUGAUCUAGUGUAAAUGAUAAGUGAUGCAUACAGAAUGACUCUAUACUGCUUCUAAAUGCUUAGAUGAAAUGUAAGAAAAAUAUGUUGUGGAAAUUCUGUGAUUCUUGUGCAUUAUCUGGUAUUAAUUUCUUUUACUUUAUAGUCUCAAAAUGUUAAAAUUUUCAUUUUACUUGUUAACUCUGGUUUAACUUUAGGAAGGCUGAGACCAUUUUAAGCAACUGUUAAUUAGACUUUAACGAUUGAUUGAUUGACUGAUUGAUUGAAUGAUUUAUAUAAGUUAUGGGCUAUGGAAACUUAAUUUUUGUGAUUGUUUAGUUAUGCACCAUUUGAAACAUUGCAGUAUAUUUAUAAAGUGAGAAAUAAACUGAUGUAUUGUUCUUUUUAUACAACACAAGUGUGACAAGAUUUUCAAAUAUAAUAAAAAAAACUGUUAUGAAUUGAU